GACGCCCUCCGGGUUAUACUUCCGGGAGUCGGCGGGCGAGAACGGCGGCAGGUCGCAAUGCCGCUGGUUGGGAGGACGGGGGCCAUCGUGGCCGGGGUCUUCGGAGCGCUGUUCAUCGGUUAUUGCAUAUACUUUGACAGGAAAAGAAGAGCUGCUCCGGAUUUCAAAAUAAAACUGCGGGAAAGAAGAAGAAAACUGAAGCAACAGGAUAAAGCAAAUGAAUGUAUUGGCAAGUUACCAGAUUUAAAAGAUGUUGAAGCAAUACAGAAGUUUUUUCUUGAAGAAGUCCAGUUGGGAGAAGAAUUAUUGGCAAGAGGUGACUAUGAGAAAGGAGUUGAUCAUUUAAGCAAUGCAGUGUCAGUCUGUGGUCAGCCCCAGCAACUAUUACAGGUUCUCCAGCAAACACUACCACACCAAGUGUUCCAAAUGCUCAUCCAAAGAUUGCCAGCUGUUCGACAGCGUUUCCUUGCAGGAAUGAACAUACAGAAUUUGGUAGAUGACGACGUUGAAUAAAAUGUUUACGCUUUCUUCGGCUCCAACAAAGUUUAUUCCAUCAUCGUAAACUCUAACCUCUGAUUUAAUGUUGAAUCGAGUUUACAAACUAAUUCUAAAACUGUACCAAUCACUUUCAAAAUAAAACAGAAGGCUUGGUCCAUCAA